AUGCAAAGUGCAAAAGAGUUCAAGAGCAUAGCAAUCACAGAGACAAAAGGAUAAUGUGGCUUUGAUAUUAGUGGAAAUACAGCAUUGCUGGCUUGGAAUUAGAGUUUGGUGGAGUAUGAUUUAAUGGAACACAAAAAAACCGCGGAAACUGUGCUUGAGUCACCUAUGUAGGCUUUGGCAAUUCAUCCUUUAAAUUCACAAGUUUUUGCAAUAGGAGAUAUGAGAGUGGAUACAUAUGAUGAUAUCUAAAUGACAGCUCCAUCACUAAUUGUGACUUUGACAGGGAAGGUGACUUAGAUCAAAUACAAUAAAAAUGGAAAAAUAAUGGGCAUAGCUUCUGAAGAAAAUUCAUUAAUAUUAAAUAGAGAUACCAAAAUAUCAAGAUGCAAGCCUGGACAUGAUGGGAUGAUAAUAAGUUGUGCUUUUGAUCCAAAAGACAGAUUUGUGUGUAGUAUUGGUUGUGAUGGUUGUUUGAUAGUUUAUCAAUUAUCAUAAGUACCUCAUUUAUUGUAAAGAUAUACAAUUAGUAAAUAAAUAUCACCAGAUGCAUUUUAGAAAUUAUAAUCAGAUUUCCAUCCUUCAGGGGAUUCAUUUUGGAUUGCUGGAAGGAUGAAUGCUUAAUAUAUUAUUACAGAGGAUGAACCUUAAGAUUUAUAGAACCAAUAUUAGAUUUCUCAUUCUAGUGAGAUUUGCAUAAUAAGAUGGAUACAAGAAAAUUGUGUUGGAUCAUGCUCACUAGAUGGAGAAAUAAAAUUAUGGAAUUUUAAAUCUUUGACUGAUUUAUCAUUGCAUUGGCAAUUUAAUAUCAAAUGCACACCAUUGCAUAUGAAAAUAAUAUAAAAUGUAUUCUAUUUAUUGGAUUGCAAUGGGAAUCUAAUUGAAACAACUUUAGAUCCUCCUAAAACAAAGUAUGACAAGAUAUAUUAAGAUAAGAUUAGUGCAAUUUAAGAUUUAGUGGAUUAGAAAACAAAGUUAAGGAUUAGUUAGAGAAUGGAAGAGGAAUUGAUGGAUGAAGAAAUAAUAGAAAAUAAGGAUGAACAGGAUGGAAUAAAAAAGGGGAAUUAGAUGGAGAGAUAAUAAAAGUAGAAUUUAGAUUCAGGGAUGUAGGACAUUUUGAGGCCAGGAGAAACACAACCAUCAAGAGGAAGGUAAUAUUUAUGUUACAAUACUGUGGGGACAAUAAUAUUGUGUAAAAAUACUAAUAUGAUUGAAUUCGAGUUUUUUGAUUCAACAUUUUAUAAAAAGUUUAAGAUUAGUAAUUAAUAAAGAUACGCUAUUGGUACUUUGAAUUAUAGAGGAUGUGUAUUGGCAUCAAAGGGACCAAAUGAUUUGGACGAAUAAGGAUAUUUGGUUGGGGAUGGAAAGUCAAUUGUGUUUUUCUAGUAAUUUAUAGGUGAUGUUGAUGAUUUUGAAUUCGCAUUACCAGAAGAGGAAGGAGCAGAACUAGUGGCAAUUGGAAAUGAUUGGUUUGCAAUUAUGAGUGAUCAUGGAAUAUGUAGAGUAAUUUCAUUUUGUGGUUUGGAGUUAUUAGAAUUUAAUACAAAUAGGGCAGUUGUAUCAAUGUGUGCCUACGAACAUUUGUUGUGUUUAGUAUUUCAUGAUACUUCUCCAAUGUUGAAUUAGUAAGUUUUAAAAGGGAGAGUUUAUGACAUAGAUUUGUAGAAAUAAAUUGAAGAAUUUGAUAUAUUCUUAACACCAUUUUCAUCACUCUCCUGGAUUGGGUAUUCAGAUGAAGGAUUAUUAAGUAUUUAAGAUUCAAAGGGUGUGAUCAAAAUUUAUCAACAAGGUAGAUGGAUAGAAGUUUUUCAUAAUCCAAAGGUUUGGUUAUAUGGAAUUCAAGAUUACAAAUUAUGCUUGUUAAAAACUGAACAGCCAUUGGCUUCAAUGAAGUAGGAGAUGAUUUAAGAGAGUUUUGAAUAACCAUUUGUGUGUUCGAUUUAGGAUGAAAAGUUGAUAGCCAAUUAUAAACAAUUUCUAAUCUAAUUGAUCAUUCUGAAUCAUGAAUUAUAUAGAUGGAACGAAUUUGGGAAAUACUAUUAUGCUCGAAAUGAUGACAAAUAAAAUGAUAUCCUCCUGAGAUAUACUUAGAACUUAUAUGACACGACCAAAAUUGAAGAGACAUAGAAGUUAUUGAGAAAAUACAGAGUUGAUUUAUUUAAGUAGAUUUUAAAUGAAUCGAAGGAUAAGGCUAUUGAAUUCUUUAAGUGUCAUAUUAAAGAUGAAUAUGAUAUGAAUUCGAUCAUCAGUUUGUUGGAAUUGUAGAAAGAAAAGUAGACAACAAAUAAGGAAUUCCAAAAGUUAUUGAACUAAAUAAAAUUGCUAUAGAGAUAAUAAAUAAUAAAGUCAUAGUAGAAUUUUAAUAUCGAUAAGAGACCUUAAUCUCCGAAGAGACAAGGAUUUGGUUUUUUGAAGUAGAAUGAUUAAGUGAACAUGAGUUAAAUAAAAUCUAUUUUGGAACAUAAAGAAUAACAUCAUUAAUAAUAACAACAACACAUAUAAUAAUUCUAGAGAGUUGAAAGUCAAUAGGAAGAGGAGGAAUUCAAUCCGUUUGCAAAGUCUGCGAAUAAAAAAUAAGGUAGCAUUUUUGAUAUUGGAGAGAAGAGGAAGCCGACUUAGACUUUUGGGACAUAAAAUAUAAAAAAAAAGAAUUGA